AAUUGUGACACCUCCCUCUCUGUGUCUCUCUCUUCUGCCUGUGCAAUAACUAUCGAAGUUCGUUUUCUUCACCAGAACAUCUCCACAGUGCUGCCCUUCAGGUUGCACAAGCGCGGCCUUUGCGACGGCAUCUCUUUGGGUCGGGAUUGAUCACUUGUGUCGGCUAUAGAUUGCACCACUAUGGACAAGCCGGAAACAAUGCAUAACGAGAAGACCGAACGUUCUGUCGGACAUUUGUCUGAUGACGAAGCCAUAACAAUCACGGUCAACAACUCGCAACUGACGCGACAAGUUCUAUGGAAGUUGGAUGUUAGGCUUCUACCCAUUCUUGCGCUGCUUUUCCUUUGCUCCUUUAUCGACAGGACCAAUGUCGGAAAUGCAAAAAUCCUUGGACUUGAGAAGGAUAUUCAUAUCAACGACAAUCAAUACGCAAUCGGAUUGUGCAUCUUCUAUGCCACAUACAUAGCAAGUGAACUCCCGAGCAAUCUAGUGAUUAAGAAGGUCACUCCUAAGAUAUGGUUACCUAUUCUCACAAUAGUAUGGGGUGCUCUCACAAUGUGCCUGGGCUUCGUGAAAGGGUUCGGAUCUUUCACAGCAGUGCGUGCACUGCUUGGUGUAGCCGAGGGAGGCCUUCUGCCCGGAAUGGUCCUGUAUCUCUCACAGUUCUACCAACGCACCGAGUUUGCCCUCCGCAUUGGUAUCUUCUACACAGCUGCCUCUCUAUCAGGUGCCUUCGGGGGUCUCCUCGCCCGCGGUCUUAACUCCAUCGGACCAGCAGGAGGACUCGAAGGCUGGCGCUGGAUUUUCAUUGUGGAAGGUCUCAUUACUGUUGCCGUCGGUGUUUUGAGCUACUUUGGCCUUCCCAACUCCAUUGAGACAGCCAAAUUCCUCACUGCCGAACAGAGAGCUCAUGCCAGAAACCGCCUCGAAGAAGCCUCCCGCGCCCACGAGCCUUUCGACUGGGCCGAAGUUCGCCGUGGCAUUUUCAACCUGCAAGUGUGGCUCUCAGCAUGCGCCUACUUUUGCAUCCUGUGUGGCCUGUACUCUUUUGGCCUCUUCCUCCCCACGAUCAUCAACAAUCUGAAAUUUGCUUCUAAUCCCAACCAAGCCCAACUCUGGACUGUCAUCCCAUACGCCGUCGCCGCAGUCCUAACCGUCCUCGUCGCCAUCCUCUCCGACAAGCUUGCCCUCCGAGGGCCCCUCAUGCUCGUCACAUUGCCCAUCGCCAUAAUAGGUUAUGGCGUGAUGUCGUAUUCAACGAACCCGAAGGUCCAGUAUGGAAUGACCUUCAUGAUGGCGACGGGAAUGUACGCAAGCGUUCCUUGCAUCCUGUCCUGGAACUCGAACAAUUCCGCUGGCCAUUAUAAGCGCGCUACGACUAGUGGCUUGCAACUAGCAAUUGCGAAUUGUGGUGGCUUUGUAGCCAGCUUCACCUAUAAGAAAAAGGAGGCGCCAAACUUCCAUAAGAGCCAUACCAUCAUGUUGGGAUUGCUUUGUGCGGCUUGGCUUCUAGUCGCAGCAAACGUUGCUUGGUGCUGGAAGAUCAACCGCGACAAGGCUAUGGGUAAAUACGCUGAGUGGGAAGGAAGGGGUGAUGAUCGCGACCCGGAAUUCAAGAUGGUUUUGUAAUGAGCUUUCAAGGCAUACGCACGC